AUGGUGCUGCUGCUGCUGGCCGGGUCCGGGCCCGAGGGCGGCGGGGCGCGCUGCCCGUCCCCGCCGGCCCCCGCCGACCCCGAGGACGACGAGGGGUGCGAGGACGCCCGGAGCCUGGCCGCGGACGACGCGUUCUACCCCCCGGGCGGCGGGGAGCGCGGCGGCGCGGAGCGCGGGGCGGGCGUCCCGGAGGCCGUCCCGGAGGCGGCCGCCCUGCUGCGCGCCGCCGGCGCCAACGACGUGGAGCUGCUGCGGGCGCUCGUGCGGCGGGGGCCGCGGCUCGAGGAGGUGCGGGAGACCGACCGCAACGGCCGGGCCGAGUCUUACGAAGUGGCCCCGUCCGGCCUGGAAAUCGCUACCUGGUGGAGGCUGGCUUGA